AUGGAAUCCCCAAAGAGGAUCCUGUUCUUUACGAACAGCGACUACGGCCAGGCCAAUGUCGUGCUUGCCACAGCCCAUGCCCUCCUUCAUCUCGCCCAAGACAUUGAGAUUCACAUUGCGGCUUUCCAUGCCCUCAAGGAUGCCGUCGACGCCACAUCAAACCUGGCCCUCCAAGACCUGCCCGAACCGCGAGUGGCAAAGCCCAUCGUUUUCCACGGCAUCGAAGGCAUCAGCUGGGGCCCGGCUUCCUUUCGCCCCGAGACAGGCGUGGCUGCAGCCUACGAUUUGAAGCCCGGGUUGAUCAACUCGGCGACUUGCAUCUCGCGCAUUCCUGCCAUCAUGCUUCCCUGGCGGCCUGACGAGUUCAUGGGGAUCUACUGGGAGGCGAAGCGUGUGAUGGAGGAGGUGAAGCCUGGUUUAAUCGUUGUCGAACCGUUGUUUACUCCGGGCUUGACUUUGUGUCACCAGUUAAAAGUGAACUGGACAGUCCUGGCGCCCAACACCAUCAAGGACUUUGCCAUCCCCAAGCAACCAAAGUUGGCGAUGUUAUGGAAGUACCCUCUAGUCUGCUCCGCCAUGCCUUUCCCGCUUCCCCUGAGCUUAAUCCCCCGCAACAUCGCCCUAAACCUAGUCGCAGGCUACGCCCUCCUAACCGACACCCGCAUCAAAGACAUCACCCACGCCCUCCACCGCGACGUCGACCCCUCCAUCACGCUCAUAACCGCCAACGAGCUAGGCGUCUUCAAAGCCCCACCGCCGGGACUGCGCAUCCUCGUCGCCAACAGCCCCGAUAUCGACUACCCCUUCGACGUGCUCCCCGAGUACACCAUCCCAUGCGGGCCCAUCGUACGCGCUGCUCCGCCCGUUGCCUCUGUGGAUCCGGCGCUGGCUGAGUGGCUUGGUCGCGGUCCGACUGUUUUCGUGAGUCUUGGGACGCAUCUUAAGGCUAGCCCGGCGGAGGCUCUGGAGAUGGCGCUUGCUUUUAGGGCUGUGUUGGACCGCGCUGAAGGGGAGGGGCGGAAACCGUUGCAGAUACUCUGGAAACUGGGUCGUAAGCCUGAGAUCGAGGGUGAGAAAUUGGAGAGAGAUGUGUAUGAUGGACCCUGGAAGCUAGUCGUCGAUGUGCUCAAGCCUGAGCUCGAUGCUGGUAGGAUACACAUCACGGAGUGGGUGACUGCCGAGCCCAAGUCGGUGUUGGAAUCUGGGCAUAUUGUGUGCUCCGUCAACCACGGAGGAGCAAGUUCGUUUUACGAGGCCCUUUGUGCCGGCGUCCCGCAAGUCCUCCUCCCACCAUGGUCGGACUGCUACGACUUUGCAAAUCGUGUCGAGCUGCUCGGCGUUGGCCGGUGGGCGAACAAGAAAGCCAAGCCGAGGUGGGAAAAGACGGAGUUGGCGGCGUAUCUCGAGGAAGUUUUAUUUGGUCCGGAGUCUGCGAAUAUUCUUGCUCGAGCGAGGGAGCUUGCUGCCCGACAUCCUGAGGGCGAGGGAAGAGAGAAGGCUGCUAGGGAGAUACUGGCGCUUGUUUGA